AUGACCAUAUUAAUCUUUGGAAUUAUUUAUCAUAUCAUUACACAGAUAUCAUAUGGGAAAAUACAUACUAAUCAAUGGUUAGUAAAAUUAAAACAUAAUGGUAAUGAUAGAGAUGAAUUGAAAAGAUCAGCAAAUGAAAUAGCUAGAGAACUUGGUUUCAUAACAUUAAAUGAGCAUAAUUAUGGUGAACCAAAUGAAUUUGUAUUUACACAUAUAGGUUUACCAUAUGCUCGUGGUACACCAAGUUACAUACAUAAUCAUCGUUUAAAUAAACAUCCAUCAAUUGAUAAUGCUAUACAAAUUGAAGGAUUUGUACGUAGAAAACGUGGUUAUCGUCCAUUAACUGAUGAUAAUUUAAGUCGAAUUAAUAUUCCAAAAGCAAGAGUAUUAACGGAUAAAGAAAAAGAAUUAAGUGAAUUACGAAGUAAAACAGAUCCAUUAUUUGAAAGUGAAUGGUAUUUACAUAAUAUUGGACAAGCUGAUGGUGUUCCAGGAUUAGAUUUAAAUGUAUUAGCUGCAUGGUCACAAAAUAUUACUGGUCGUGGAGUGAUUACAGCAAUUAUGGAUGAUGGUGUAGAUUAUUUACAUCCAGAUAUAGCUGGUAAUUAUGCUGCAGAAGCAAGCUAUGAUUUUUCUAGUAAUGAUGCAUUCCCAUAUCCACGUUACACAGACGAUUGGUUUAACAGUCAUGGGACACGUUGUGCUGGAGAAGUUGCUGCAAUUGCUGGUAAUGGAGUUUGUGGAGUUGGUGUUGCACCAGGUUCUAAAGUAGCUGGACUACGAAUGUUAGAUCAACCUUAUAUGACAGAUUUAAUUGAAGCAGCUGCAAUGGCCUAUGCCCGUGAUCUUAUCGACAUAUAUUCAGCUAGUUGGGGACCUACAGACGAUGGGACGACUGUUGAUGGUCCAAGAAAUCAAACUAUGCGAGCUCUAGUAGAUGGUGUAAACAAAGGCCGAAAAGGUAAAGGUAGUUUAUAUGUUUGGGCAUCAGGUGAUGGUGGAGAGAAUGACGAUUGUAACUGUGAUGGUUAUGCAGCUAGUAUGUGGACAAUAAGUAUUAAUUCAGUUACAAAUGAUGGUCAUACGGCUGUUUAUGAUGAAUCUUGUGCUUCAACAUUGGCUUCAACAUUUUCCAAUGGUAAGAGCCCAUUUCUUCGUGAUGCUGGAGUUGGAACUAUUGAUUUAUAUGGAAAUUGUACACUUCAUCAUUCAGGUACAUCAGCUGCAGCACCAGAAGCAGCUGGUGUAUUUGCUUUAGCAUUAGAAGCUCAAAAUGAACUUACUUGGAGAGAUAUACAACAUCUUACUGUACUUACUUCGAAACGUAAUCAUUUAUACGAUAGACAACAUAAUCAUAAUUGGACAAUUAAUGGUGCUGGUUUAGAAUUCAAUCAUUUAUUUGGUUUUGGUGUACUAGAUGCUGGUGAUAUGGUACAUUUAGCGAAAAAAUGGAAAACUGUACCUGAACGUUUUCACUGUGUUGCUGGAACAUUUAAUGGUCGUAAAAUUGCACGUCUCGGUCAACCUAUAUUUCUAGAAUUGGAUACUGAUGCAUGUAUGAAUAAUCCCAUAAAUCAAGUUAAUUAUUUGGAACAUGUUCAAGCUUUUAUAACAAUUAAAGCAACACGUCGUGGUGAUAUAACUCUAUUCCUUACGUCACCAAUGAAUACCACAUCAAUGCUAUUAAGACGUCGACCAAAAGAUGCUGAUAAUACAAGAGGUUUCACUAAAUGGCCAUUUAUGACUACACAUAUGUGGAGUGAAAAUCCUCGUGGAAAAUGGUUACUUACAAUUGGAUUAGAUUCAAAUUCUAAAGAUCCAUUAGGUUAUGCAAUAUUAACUGAAUGGAUACUUGUUGUUCAUGGUACACAACAACCACCUUAUGCUCAUCUAUCUGAUUCUACUAUAAAUAUUGCACCAAAAUUAGGUAUAGUGAAGAAACAACAUGAAACUAAACGAUUUAAUGCUUGAAAAAGAAGAUAAUUAAAUAAACAUGGAAAUCCAUGGAAACAUGGAUAUAAGCAAAGUUAUUCGAUUCUACUCAUCUUAUUUUAUUUCGGAACAUUGUAUCAUCAAUGUUGUCUAUUUUAUGACAUACAUAUUUGAUAGUACUUAUAUUCAAUUAUAUAGUGAAAUCAGUCUAUAUCAUCUUAACUGUUGUAAAAUAAUUCUUUCUUUAGAGAAAAAAAAAGAAGUACAGAAGUACAUCAUCAUGAUAACAAUUGUAUUAGUAACUAUUGCCUUUCCUACUUUUUUUUAAGAGUAAUGCAACAAAGAAAUACAUACAUUACGUCAUUAAUUACAUAUGUCAUAGUUUUUGUGACUGACUGUCUGUCUAUCUAUCUGUCUGUUUGUCUGUCUGUCUAUCUAUCUAUCAAUUUAUUAUUCCAUUCACAAGAUGUAAUAUGUAUUUUAUUAUUAUUUGUUAUGUCUUUCGAAAAUUGUUUGUAAAUGGUUUCAUCACCAUUCAUGUAUGUGAUUAUCAUCUUUAUUCUUGUUUGUCAUGUAUCAACUUUGUGACUUCUUAUUCAUUUCUCCCUUUCAGAAUUGAAUAAAACAGAUUUAUUAAUUGUCA